AUGUUCGCGUGGGGGGUGCGUGGCUUUUGUCUUUCUUGCGCGGCGGCCGGCUCUCCCUGGCGAAGCCGAGGGCCACCUUGCCGUGGUGCCAGGCUUCACUGCCUCGCAAAGAGGGAAGCCGAGGGCCAGCAGUUGGCUCCUUUGGGUUUGCGUUGGCUUUCGGUGGCGGAAGUCAGGCUUUACUUUGGGCAGGCGCCGUGCGUGCAGGAGGCCCGAGACAAAGUCGGUAUACUUCCAACCCAGCAGCCGCGCGCGCCGAAGUUUGGCGCCGUAACACCGCCGGUAGCUACGCGUAGCGGCAAAAAAUACUCUGCACGUGCGAAGGUGUCGGCCCGUAGCGCCGCACUUGCAGCGACGAAGAAAAACGUGUGUGAUUGA